CUCAGCAACACAUAUUAAGCGUUAACAUUGUGCAGGUUUUACGCGCAUUAAAAAAAUGAGGGCCCUUAUCUCGACAGUGACGGUGUUGUGGGUGAUGACGAUACCCUGCAUGGAAGCUCUCCACGGAUUGUACAACUUCGGACAGCAUGAGUUAUUCUACAAAAAGAACAACUGCAAGGCGAUCCCUGCCAACCUCCAACUGUGCCACGACAUAGAGUACACGGAGAUGCGCCUCCCGAACCUGCUCGGCCACGAAACCAUGAAUGAAGUCCUGCAGCAGGCUUCGUCUUGGAUCCCGCUGGUCCAGAAGCAAUGUCACCCAGACACAAGGAAGUUCCUCUGCUCCCUCUUUGCUCCCGUGUGCCUGGAUGACUUGGACGAGCCCAUACAGCCGUGCAGGUCACUGUGCGAGAGCGUGAAGAACGGCUGCGAGCCCGUGAUGUCCGCGUUUGGCUUCCCUUGGCCAAAGAUGCUGGAGUGCGAGCGUUUCCCUCUCGACAAUGACCUGUGCAUACCGCCUGCAGGCGUGGAGAACGUCGUGCCAGCCACCAGAGAAGUGCCCAGGGUGUGUGAUGCCUGCAAGGAAACGGAUGAAAAUGACAACGAAAUUGUUGACAACCUGUGUAAGAAUGACUUUGCUCUGAAGAUCAAAGUUAAAGAGAUCUCCUACAUCAACGGCGACACCAAGAUAGUGCCGGAGAACAAGAGCAAGACUAUCUACAAGCUGAACGGCGUGACGGAGCGUGAGCUGAGGAAGACAGUGCUGUGGCUGAAGGACGGCCUGCAGUGCAUCUGCGAGGAGAUGAACGACAUCCACGCCGCCUACCUGGUCAUGGGCCAGAAGAUGGACGGCCAUCUGGUCAUCACCUCGCUGAAGCGCUGGCAGAAGGGACAGCGAGAGUUUAAGAGGAUUUCACGCAGCAUCCGCAAGCUGCAGUGCUAGGAAGCGAGGGAGGGGGGGGAGGGAAAAACUGCAUGUGUAACUGUUGAAGAAAAAGUUUAGUUGAGCUAUUUUCCAAUUAUCCCUUUUCCGGUUGUCACAGACGUUGCAAUUAUGGUUCAUUGAUUCCUAUCUAGAUUCCAGCAGAGAUGUUUCUUUGGUCCACUUACAAAAAAAUAGGCAAUACAAAGCAUAUCUGCUGGCUAGAAAACAACUCUACAAUUAUAAUUCUGAUAGAUUUUCAUGUUCUGAAAGGGGCUAUGCUGAUACAUUCAAGCUACAUUCACCAUUGAGGCCACAAUAUGACUAAUUGUUAAGUGGCUAAAUCACACAGAUUGGUCAAGUCUUCUGAGGAGGGCACAUAUUUACAUCUGGUACAGAUACAGAAGUGAGAGGGAAAAGGGGGGAAAAAGUCGAUUAAAUUCUAGUAAUAUGAGAUUUUUCUUUUCAUCCAUUGACUACCAUUCAUUUUGCACUUAGUGAGUAGUGAGCGCCCCCCAGUGGCCAGUAUUAAAAGUGGUGCGUCUUCUCCUGGGGAGCUGCCUUUGCUGUCCCCUCAUUAAUUGCACUCAGCUGGCAUCCAAGGUGUAAAGGAUCACUAAUUACAUGGUUAGAGUGAAAACUAGCAAGGCUUUGAAUUCAGGAUUAAAAAACAAUCAACUCUAAAAAA